AUACAUUAUUACCGUUUAAAGUUUAAAUUUUCAAAUUCCUACUCUUGAAAACUUCUCAACAUUUUCUUUCCAUAAACUAAACAAAAGUAAGAAACCAUAAUCAGCUCCUGUAAAUCCCUAAUUUUAUCUCAAUUUCAUCAAGGAGCCCAGAUCAAAUUAAGAAACGAUUCACCAAUGGCAAUCUCAGAACAUGAAUCAGAAGAUAAUUACAGCAAAACUGAAGGAUCCAGUGAUUCAGAUUAUGAAUCAGAUAGAGAUCCAAGUUACAGCAUUAUUGAGGACACUCAAAUCCAACUCUCAAAUCUUUCUAUCCACAAGAAAUCAAAAUCAAGAAUUGGUAAGGCUUUGGAUAUAGAGAGAGACACAGAAGAGAAUGAAUUGAAGGUCUUAAUGGAAUCUGGUAAUUUAGAGAAGCUAAAAGUGGAGCAGUGUAAGGUUUAUUUGAGAAAGAAUGGACUGAGAUUGACUGGCAAUAAGGCUACACUUAUUCAGCGCCUUAAGGAGCAUCAAGAGAUUUUGAAUGGUGAAGCAGAGAAGAAGUACCCGGUUUCUUGCUUUGUUAUGAAUUGUAAAGGUGAUGCUUGUCUGGGAGAUGUUGUCAUGUUUGAACAGAAUGUUUAUGAAAUGUUCAAUAUAGCAUCACGAAGUGCUAGUGGUCCGUCACUUGGGAAAAGGAUAGUCGUUGGUCGAAUUGUGAAUGAUAGCUAUGGUGCUGCCAAACAACAGCAUACAUUUACAAUAGAGGUUUUGUGGAGCAAAGGAGAGAGACCACUGCGUCCACUUCAGCCUCUGCUGAUUAAGGGUCGGAACCUUUACCGAUUGAAGACUAUGAGACAGAGAUGGGAAGAUGAAGACAAGAGGCGUAACGUUUUGAUAGAAAAGCAUUCGAGGGGUUCUCUAGCUAGGGAUGCUAGAGAAAUCCGAGUGCAAAGGAAGGAAAGCAGGAAAAUACUCGGGGAAAAUAGGGUCCUGAAGGAGAAAAUACACAGGAAUCAGAUAAAUUCAAACUUAGCAACAAAACAAGGAAUUCAAGCUCAACAAUCAGGUUCAUCUGUUGCAAAAGUAGCUCCUGAACCUCAACAAUCAAGUUUAUUUGGCAAUUUCGACAAGACAACAGUUCGAAAGUUGAGCUCAAAUAUAGAUCCCACAAUGGGAUACAGAGCUCACAUGUCGACAUCUCCACGUCCACUUUCAGGAGCCUUCGCUAACAGAGUAAACAUAGACAGACCAGUGCUGGUUCCACUAGAAACCCAGAAGCCGACCAUUCUUCAUGAACAACCAAUGAGGCAGACAGAGAACGCUCAUCGCCGUCAAUUUACUCACUACAUGGAUGAUCCCAGCCACUUUCCGGACCUUCACAGAAAUGGUAAUUUUGGCUCAAGGCCGUCAAGCUUCAAUAUGAAUCAUCGUUAUCCUCCUGUGAAUGACUACUCCAGAACAGAAAAUUACAGUCAUGUACAUCCAUCGACAAGGCCAAACCGUUAUCAUCAACAACAGCAGGCAUGCAAAUAUUUUGCCCAAGGAAGAUGUAAUUUUGGGGAUAACUGCAAAUUUUUGCAUGACUCCAAAGAGAACUAUGGCCAAAGGAGGGGAGACAGGCCUUGCUAUUAUAACAGGUUAGAAAGACAGCAAUUCUGAAAUUCUCAAUAUUUUUGUUGAUUACACAAAAUAAACAUUGAUCAUGAGUUUUGAGUAAUACUUAGAACUAGAGUUUUUGUGUAAUUUAGUUGGUGAAUAGAACAGAAGAGGGUUUUUGGAACUGAUUUUGAAUUGGAAAAAUUUUUCAUUUAGCACUA